UGUGCUUUCUUUUCUUUACGUCUAUUUCAAUUUGAUUGCAGGUGGUACCUCAUAUAUUUACAGUUUGUAUUUACAAACUUUAGUUCAACUUCUCUCCCUUGAGGUUCAUGUUCAGUGUCUGGCUCUGUACUCGGAAGGUUUCAGGUUUCCUCCUCAGAUAAAAUGGGGCUUCUUCGUGACGGGCAGCAGAAACGAACAACGAGGGCGAAACCUAACCCAAAUAAGAAAAAGGAGCGGUUUAAAAAUCGCAAAGGAAAACAGAGACAAAGGAAGAAGGAUGCUGGCAACACACCAGGAACAAGUCAAAUAAACAACAGGCAGAUGAACAAAUUCACGGCUGAUAAAUCUACAUUAGAAAUUACAUUCUUGGACAUAAAAGUUUGCAAAGGCGAGAUAUUAAUAGGGAAUCCGACCCUUGAAGUUCAAACACAUCACAAAGACAUUGGAACCUUCAUUACACUGCAUUGAUUUGUUAGACGAUUAAUUCAUGCAUUAAAAAUUGCAUGAACCUUUAA